GCCCGGAAGGUGGACCACAGCGCUCACCUGAAGGCGCUGGGCUCUCGGCCCCUCGCCCCAUCACCAUCAUCACCAUCAGCUGUCCUGGCCUUUCCCCUUCCCUGGUCUCUAGGGGGCUCCCUCGCUCCUAUCUCUAUCGCCAGGCCCCUCUCCUUUGCAGUUGGCUUGGAUGCAGCUGGCAAGACCACAAUCCUGUACAAACUGAAGUUGGGGGAGAUUGUCACCACCAUUCCCACCAUAGGCUUCAACGUGGAAACAGUGGAAUACAAGAACAUCUGUUUCACAGUCUGGGACGUGGGAGGCCAGGACAAGAUUCGGCCUCUGUGGAGGCACUACUUUCAGAACACUCAGGGUCUCAUCUUCGUGGUGGACAGUAAUGACCGGGAGCGGGUCCAGGAGUCGGCUGAUGAACUUCAGAAGAUGCUGCAGGAGGACGAGCUGCGGGAUGCGGUGCUGCUGGUCUUUGCCAACAAGCAGGACAUGCCGAACGCCAUGCCCGUGAGCGAGCUGACCGACAAGCUGGGCCUGCAGCACUUGCGCAGUCGCACGUGGUACGUCCAGGCCACCUGUGCCACCCAAGGCACAGGCCUAUACGAUGGGCUGGACUGGCUGUCCCAUGAGCUGUCUAAGCGCUAACCAACCAGGGGCCGGCCCCUGCUGCCCGGAAGCCCCCGCGUGCAUCCCCGGGAUCACCAGACUCCCGGACUCCUCAGGCAGUGCCCUGCCCUCCUGCUCCUCCUCCCACAGACACAGGCCUCUGCUCCUGCCCCUCCUGCCUGCAUGUUCUCUCUGUGGUUGGAGCCCGGAGCCUUGUUCUCCAGGCACAGAGGGGUCCACUCUCCUGCCUGUUGGGACCUGUGGAAGGGGCUUCCAGGACCGAGACCCUUUCUUCCAGAGGAGGAGCAGGGACCUGGGUUUACUUUUGUUUGUUCCAUUUUGGGCAUACCCUUGGGGCCAGGUGGGAGGGGAGGGGGGACUCCGGGUGGUGCUAAGAUAUGGCACUGGAUAUUGAGUAAUAAAUUUGCUGUGGUUUGUACAUGA